GAGGGCGCCCCAAGGAACCCAGGAUACGGUCUCUUCCUAGUCCGCUCCGGAAAUGCGACUGCGUACGCGCUGGACACAUAAUCGUGACGUCAGCGCGCCCGCGCCGGCUGGCCGGGCGCCCUAGCCUUCCGCGAGAUCUUUGGUGGGGUUACGGCUGCUUUACGCCACGGCAGUGCUGCGUUUGGGUUGUCUCCUGCAGGCUGUUUGGACCUGCUCACGAUUCCACAAUGUACCACAACAGUAGCCAGAAGCGGCACUGGACUUUCUCCAGUGAGGAGCAGCUGGCAAGACUGCGGGCCGACGCCAACCGCAAAUUCAGAUGCAAAGCGGUGGCCAACGGGAAGGUUCUUCCGAAUGAUCCAGUCUUUCUUGAGCCUCAUGAAGAAAUGACACUCUGCAAAUACUAUGAGAAAAGGUUAUUGGAAUUCUGUUCGGUGUUUAAGCCAGCAAUGCCAAGGUCUGUUGUGGGUACAGCUUGUAUGUAUUUCAAACGUUUUUAUCUUAAUAACUCAGUAAUGGAAUAUCACCCCAGGAUAAUAAUGCUCACUUGUGCAUUUUUGGCCUGCAAAGUAGAUGAAUUCAAUGUAUCCAGUCCUCAGUUUGUUGGAAACCUUCGGGAGAGUCCUCUUGGACAGGAGAAGGCCCUUGAACAGAUACUGGAAUAUGAACUACUUCUUAUACAGCAACUUAAUUUCCACCUUAUUGUCCACAAUCCUUACAGACCAUUUGAGGGCUUCCUCAUCGACUUAAAGACCCGCUAUCCCAUAUUGGAGAAUCCAGAGAUUUUGAGGAAAACAGCUGAUGACUUUCUUAAUAGAAUUGCAUUGACGGAUGCCUACCUUUUAUACACACCUUCCCAAAUUGCCCUGACUGCCAUUUUAUCUAGUGCCUCCAGGGCUGGAAUUACUAUGGAAAGUUAUUUAUCAGAGAGUCUGAUGCUGAGAGAGAACAGAACUUGCCUGUCACAGUUACUAGAUAUAAUGAAAAGCAUGAGAAACUUAGUAAAAAAGUAUGAACCACCCAGAUCUGAAGAAGUUGCUGUUCUGAAACAGAAGUUGGAGCGAUGUCAUUCUGCUGAGCUUGCACUUAAUGUAAUCACGAAGAAGAGGAAAGGCUAUGAAGAUGAUGAUUACGUCUCAAAGAAAUCCAAACAUGAGGAGGUAUGUUUUACUCCAAAGAUGAACUCUAAGUCAUUUUUGUUACACAUUCUGGUGUGAUUAUACUAUUAAGAUUUGUUCUCCAAGAGUACAAGCAUUAUAGAGCUGUGGGUUUUUUCAUUUUUUGUAUACUUCCUUAUAUACAGUACUGUUGUCCAUUAUUAAAGGGAUUUUUCUCUCUUCUGUCUUUACUUGAUGAAGAAUCCUUCUUGUGUUCAUAGAAAGCAGAAACAAUAUGCAUACAUACUAUAUUUUUGCUUUAUUUGUUAUUCUCCGAGGAUUUUUCCCUUACCCCCUUUUAAAAACAAAUUUUCUGUCAAGUCAGAUAAGUGAAUAAUCAGAGGCAAAAGGUCACAGUUGUAACCUUUAUUCCUCAUUGGAGGAGUCUGGUGAGACCAUGCCAACAUUACUAACAGUGAACUAUUACAAAAUUUCCUGGUUUAUCUUUUGUAAUCCACAUGGGUAAAAGGAGGAGAACAUUUUCCUAAAGGGAGGUAAGAGAUAAACAAUACUGGUUAUGCUUCA